AUGCUCUGUGCCCUCAUGGCGCUCCUCGCAACCACUCUCGCAAAAGGAUCCGAGGUCACACCUGAGGUGUUGGCGGCUCGGCAGUGGCGAACCUGGGGAGGGCCAGGUGGCGAAAUGGCAAACGCCGGCCCCGCUUCGUUGAAUCCUGUCGUGAAGCCUGGGGACACCAUAUACCUGAGGGCCUACAAUGGGAAGCUCCUCGGAAUCCACGACUUCCAAGUCGGAGCCCACUCGUCCGAGAAGGCCUCUGGUCAAGCCUUCAAGGUGGAGAAGCGGUCCGUUGGCGAUGUCUACCAUGGUGACAGGAUAUUCCUGACCAACACAAACGGUUUCAAGCUGGAGGUGAACGGAGAUGAGGUCAGUGCUCGAGGAGCCCACAUGGGCCCCCGACAAGAAUUCGUCGUCGAGCACUCCGGGGCACUUCCUCGACCCAUUGCGGUAGGAGACACGAUUUUCCUUCGAGCACAUACCGGGAAACACAUUGACGUGGUUGGGCAGAGUGUGCAGGCGCGCUACGUGCGACAGGGAAUGGGCUACCAUGCCUUCAAGGUCGAGAAGCAGCCCAGAUAG